UCAGUGUUCCUCUGGUAAAGGAAGGGAAAGGGUGUGUCUCGAUUUCGUUCCGCGGUGCGUGUGUGUUGAAGGAUCAUAUACCUUUCGUGAUUGACUUGACUCGAACCAUGUAACACUGAAAUCACGCCGUAUACCUCUUCAUCUACCUCACGCUGCACACAAGGACGAUGAGGCCCUCCCAGCUGAGGCCCUUGCUAACCACGGGCGUUGUCCUUCUGACGGCUGUCGGUCCCUCGGAGGGCUUCCUGGAGCUCGUGAUAGGCUACUUUUUCAGCAACUUCCUCUGGGGCUCUCCCGCGAAGAUCGGCACGCGCGUGAGCCAGGCCGUGCUCGAGCCCGCCCAGGGGCUGCUGCUGGGCGGGGGGACGGAGAUCGUGUCGCAGGCUCUCACCCACGACUACAUCCCGGGCAUGCGGGACUUCGUGUGGAACGCCGUGGGCACCAGCGUGUCCCAGCUGGGCUCUAUCGCCGUCAGCGCCGUCUGGUGGAUCAUCUCGUCGAUCGGCUCCGCCAUCGGCCAGACGCUGGGAUCCGCCAUCCCCGCUUCCGUGGCCGCCGUCAACGCCGGCAUCGCCGCCGCCGCCAGCAUCGUCGCCGCGGUCGUCAACGACAACCUGCUCCAGGGCGACGGGAGCCCGACGAUGCAGCUGGAGGUGGUCGGGCUGCGGUCGGGGGCGCAGCGCUCCGCCAGGGCCGACGCGCCACUGGUCCGCCUUCUCCGAGGACGUCGCAGCCUGGAGCCGCGUCGAGCAGACUUCCUUCGUCAGCCGUUCGAUGAGGCCGCCAGACACGACCUCUUCGAGUGCGUCCCCCUGAUCCUGUGCGCCAUCCACGCCGACCCGGAAGAGCUCGUCACCCCUAAGGAGUCCGCCUUCAGGAAGGUCUUCAGAUCCAUCUUCGCCGAGGAACCCAUUCCCAGCUGGGCUAAAAAUUAUGUCGAGGCGAGUAUCAGAGGCUCGACCAAGAACUCGACACACGCUUGCCAAGAAGCCUAUCCCUCUUGCAUCUUCCCCAGCCAUCACCUGAGAAAGCUCGUGGACAUAGCCUUAGAAAAGGGAAAUGAUUUAACACAGCGGUAGCCAUUGUUUUGGAAUUUGUGGUAGUUCGUUUGUUUAUUUAUUUCGGUAAUGUGUCUUUGAUUACAGGAAGAUUGGGAGGAUAGGGAGAUUUUUGUUAUGAACAAGCCAUUGCGUAUUUGAUUAUGUGUAAGAAAUUGUUAUUGUAGCUUUUCCAUUUACGUGUCAAAAGUCUCGCUAGUCAUUUACUCUUUUUUUGUAUUUUUCUUUGCAUUUUUAAGGAGACACAAUUACAGUUUUUUUUAUUCAAAUUCUGUUUAAAAGGUAUAAUUUGUAAAGUUCCAUUCUGUUAUUUUUUUCAAUAUCUGAUUUAUGGAUUAUAUAAGGGGUGAUGAUAUUGAAAAACAAGUUUAUAUUAUGCUGAAUUAAACUUUUUUUUCUUCUUAUUUAUACUUUACUAAAUGGAGUAAUUAACUCAGUCCGUUGCUAAUUUCUAAGAUGGCUGAAGUAGAUCUUUAAAACAUUUGCAUAAACUUGUGGAACGUUUGAUAUGAAAAAGCAAGUGAUCUAAGAAUAUGAAUUUGCUCAAGAAUUGUAUAAAUAUGUCACAAGUUUGAAAAUAUAUAUAUUCAUGGUGCACACCUCAAUAUAUACAGAGACAUACACGCGUACAUACACGCACGCGCGCACGCCCAGACACACACACACACAAACACACACACAAACAAACACACAAACACACACACACUAAUAAUUAAUACACACACACUUUAUACACACACACACACACACACACACACACACACACACACACACACACACACACACACACACACACACACACACACACACACACACACACACACACACACACACACAC